UAUCUUGUCAUCGUCUUCCGUACUAUUCGUGGCUUGUUUAGCUUCCUUUUGCUGUCCCCUUUAGCUUCACGAGUCAGCCCUAAAUUUCCCAAAUUUGAUCAAAUUUCAACCUGCAAUUGCAAAAUCCCACCUCUAUUCAAUUUGAAAUUCGUUGUUAAGGGUUUUGAUUAGAGUGAAAUGACGAUGCUUUUGGAGGAGAUCGUGCAAUCGGUAGAGCUCUGGUUGAAGCUGAUAAAAAAGCCCCAGCCUUACGUGGACCCGAACCUCGACCCGGUUCUGCUGGUGCCGGGUAUCGCCGGUUCGAUUCUGAACGCUGUUGAUGACGAGAAUGGGACAGAGGAGCGCGUUUGGGUUCGAAUUCUCGGAGCCGACUACAAGUUCCGGACCAAGCUGUGGUCUCGUUUCGAUCCUUCAACAGGUAAAACGGUGUCUUUAGACCCAAAGGCAAGGAUAGUGGUCCCUGAAGGUAGAUAUGGACUUGAGGCAAUUGACGCCUUGGACCCUGACAUGGUCAUUGGACAGGAAUGUGUAUAUUAUUUCCAUGAUAUGAUUGUUGAAUUUACCAAGUGGGGUUUUCAAGAGGGGAAAACACUUUUUGGCUUUGGAUAUGACUUCCGGCAAAGCAACAGGUUGCAGGAGACAUUGGACCGCCUAGCUGAAAAAUUAGAGGCAGUGUACAAUGCUGCUGGAGGAAAAAAGAUAAACAUUAUAACUCAUUCUAUGGGGGGCCUUCUAGUGAAAUGUUUCAUGUGCUUGCAUACUGAUGUUUUUGAGAAAUAUGUGAAGAAUUGGAUUGCAAUUGCUGCCCCAUUUCAGGGUGCACCUGGUUAUAUCACAUCCACCUUUUUAAAUGGAAUGUCAUUUGUGGAUGGGUGGGAACAGAACUUUUUUAUAUCAAAAUGGAGCAUGCACCAGCUGCUUAUUGAAUGUCCAUCAGUAUAUGAGUUGAUGGCCUGUCUUGAUUUUCACUGGGAACACAUUCCACUUCUAGAAAUGUGGAGACAAAGGCUUGAUGGUGAUGGAAACUCUCAAAUUAUCCUAGAGUCUUACCCCCUGGCAGAGAGUGUAGAAAUUUUCAAGGAAGCUCUAUCAAGUAAUACGGUCAAUUAUAAUGGUGAGGAUCUUCCCCUACCAUUUAAUAUGGAAAUCUUGAAAUGGGCUAAUGAAACACGCAAGAUUAUAUCUCGUGCUAAAGUUCCUCCGCAAGUUAAAUUCUACAAUAUAUACGGGAUCAAUCUCGAGACACCUCAUAGUGUUUGCUAUGGAAAUGAGGAAAUACCUGUCACGGAUCUACGACAGCUACGAUAUUUCCAGCCGAAUUAUGUAUGCGUUGAUGGUGAUGGGACAGUUCCAGCAGAAUCAGCUAAGGCAGAUGGGCUAAAUGCUGCAGCAAGGGUUGGAGUCCCUGGUGAGCAUCGGGGAAUUCUAUGUGAGCACCAUGUAUUCCGGAUACUCAAAUGCUGGUUAAAGGCGGACCAUGACCCUUUCUACAACCCUCUAAACGAUUAUGUCAUUCUACCCACUGCUUUCGAAAUGGAGAAGCACAAGGAUAAAGGUGUGGAAGUAACAUCUCUAAAAGAGGAGUGGGAAAUCAUCUCCCAAGACCAAGACCAUGAUCACGACGAUAAAGUAGCUGCUGAUGAAAGGCCAAUGGUAAGCUCCAUAUCUGUUUCUGAUGUGGGAGCUGAGGCCUGUGCAACUGUUACUGUUCACCCUCAGAAUGAGGGGAAGCAGCAUGUUGAGCUUAAUGCUCUAAGCGUGUCUGUCGAUGCCUGAAUAUAAGUCAGACGCAUUGUUGGUUAUAUUUCGCGAAAGACAAUGCUCAUCUGUUUAUAGCCAUUCAUGUGCUCAAAUCCCCGUGUUAUUAACUUGUAAAUAAGAGCUUGUCAUGAAAACAGAACUGCUUCUCCAAGGUUGGAUAUGCAGGUGGCCUUGUAUAUAUAAAAAAUCGUAAACCCAUUGGUGAUGAUACAAUUGUUUGUUGAAGUGUUGCCAAUGCUUAAAAAGAUCUCGUAAACUCUUGUGGCUUGUAUUUUAUGAAGUGCUUUAAAAAAAAUA